AUGACGCAAGGGACUUUUUGCUGGUUUGGAGGAGUAUGGGGAUUAUUGUUGUGGUGUGCUUUAUUUGGCCCCUACACAAAUGGCCAGAGAGGACCACAGAGACAUCCAAACUGUAGGUAUAACUAUCUGGCACAGAGCCAACAGAGCAGUAAGGAUCCCUGGCUCCCCAGGAUCCCCAGGAAGUACUGUGACCCCUCAUUCAACAGCCAGUCAGCUGAAGCCAUCACCCGGGUAUUUCUGUACUAGAUUAUAGAUCUUGUGUUUAAGGUUGUUGGGUAACUGAUUUGUUAAUAGUUGUCAGGGGCUUCUGUCUGAGUUUGAUUUGCACUGCAGACAUGCAAAACAGUUAGUCCACCAAUUUGAAAAAAGCCUGCUAAUUGCAAAUAUUAAUGGAGUAUGUCCACAUACUACAAGUAGAGGUUUAAGUAAGAAAGUGUUGAACAACAAAAAUAUAUGUAUUCAUGUGUUACACACAGGGUACACAAACAGAGACAGAUCAGCCUUAAAAAUUUAAAUAAUAAUGAUAAUAAUUAUUAUUAUUAAAAUUUGAAAAAUAUUUAUUGAUUCCUCUCUAAAGGGACCAAAUGGUCCAGACGACAGCACAUUUGAUACUUUCCUGUUCAGGUGGUGUGUCCUCAAGUGAUCCCCAUUGUUCUUUGGUCAUGUGUUGAUUUAGUCGUACAAUAUACCACACCUUGAUUUACAACUCAAACAAGCAAUGGUUUUGUAUUGAAACCUCUGGGAAUUUUCACAACACAAAUGUGUCUGAGUGACUUACACAAAAUGCGUUGCUUGGCAAGUCCAUAUUUACAUUUCAUGAAUUAUUUUGGAUAGCAAGACAGUAGAGACAAACAGUGCAUGUCCUUCUAACUAGGGUCUUGUUGUACCUUUCUUUCCGCCCGUCCAAGCCUUCUUCAAUUAAAGAAUGUGCUACAUAAAGGUCAGGACGGGCGGAAACACGUAGCACUAUAGUCUUGGUAGUCCUUCCGUUACACUCAGAGCCCCUGUCAUCCCGUAUAAGCACCUAAAUUGAAACAUGCUAUACAUGACAUCAGAGCUCAGUUUCUCCACUUCACAGCGCUGUAUGGGUUUUCACUGACAGCCAUUAUAAACUUGAGCAUCGCGCGCAACAAGAAGAUUCCCCCAUCCCUCCCACUAAUUGGGCUACUUUUUGCACAUUUGUUGUUGUCUGAAUGACGGAAAUGCUGUAAAUCGAGAAGAGCCAAUGUCUUCUGAAAGAUGAGACGUUGAGGAUUAUAAUAAAUACUGCUUUGAUGUCAUAGAAGCAAAGCACAAACCCAUGAGUCCAAAAACUGAUCUGUAUUUUCUAUUGGAACUUUAUCGAGUAGACACUUUUGCAUUCAAAAAGCUGCCUUACCUCAUCUGACUUUUCCCAUCCAUACAGAGAUGUGGCCCUGGAUACUACAGAGAUGACAAGGCCUCCUAGGGGCCAGUGUGUACCCUGCAACUGUAACUGUCUAAUGAAUGUGACGAGCAAACAGGGAGAUGUCUGGUGGGUUUCUCUCUCUCCAUCUAUUAAUCUAUACCUCUACCACUCUCUCUCUCUCACACACACACACACACGUACAUACACACACACACAGCAGGAUAGAUCAUUCCUGACUCACCAGUUAGGUAAACAUACUGUAUGGCUUAGUUCUGCUUUUUCCAAACCAUGCUGAUCCAGAUGGAUAUCAGUCAUAUCCACAGAUUAGCAUUCAUGCCAGACUGCAUUACCUCUCACUACUGUGCUAUGACAUCAUGAACCAUACCACCAACAUUCCACAAGCCUGCUUCAUUGAUAAACAGAGAGAACACUUUAUUUUCCAGAACAGUCAGUACAAUACUGAUGGGGAUUGAUGUGAGCGCUGCAAGGAGGGUUACUACGGCAAUGCUGCCCAGAGGACCGGUUGUGGGUGUCGUGAGUGUCUUAUCCCUGAAGCAAAAUAUCUCUUAAUGCAUAUAGAAGGUAAACUAUUACUCAUAGUAUUUCAUUAUGAUAAUAUAAUGAUACAUCAUUGUCACGAUAAUCCCCACCUCUUGUCUUGCCCGCUCAGAUCUGCUUCGGCAGCUGAGUGAGACUAACUCUAGUGUACCCAACAUCAAUGUGGCAGUGGAGGAGAUGGCCAGGAUGAUGAAGGAGGUGCAGCGCAUGGUGCAUGUGAUGAGACAUCUUGGCUGCAGUAACCAGACAAAGGAGGCUGCCAGGGAGCAAGAGAAGGCUCCCAAAUGUGAGAUCUGGGCCUUUUGGCUUAGACUAAAGUCACUUAUAGUACAGGGCAGCACUUUAAUUAGCAUUCUAUUGAAUGAGAAAUUCUAUACAUCAAUGUGACACAAGUUCUUGACUUAAUCAUUGUGUAUGAUAGAUAUGACUCAAGAUGCAAAGUGUAAUACAUGUGUCCCUCUCAGUAUUGGACUUCAUCAGGAACAAUAUGACAGCUCCAUUGGAUGACAACCAGGCUGUAGCCAAUGAGACGGCUGUAGCCAAUGAGUCCCUGAUGACGUGGGGCUCUGCGUUGAGUGAUCUGGCAGAGGCUGUGGCACAAGCAGAGGAUUUGGUGAACAGGACACGGAGCCUCAACUCCAACAGUACUGACUUCCUAAGAGACCCGAUGGUAAUGUCAAAAACUGAAGUAUAA